CAUAUUACUGAAAGAAAUCUACAAUAUAUUUUCGAGGACCUGUUAGGAAAGAAAUUCCCAUCCUGUAGACCAUCAUUUUUGAAUGAAAUGCAUUUGGAUGGUUAUAACGAGGAAUUGCACCUUGCUUUUAAAUUUCAGGAUCCUCAACACUAUUAUCUUAAUUUAAUGUUUCAUAGGAGAGGGGGUAUAGAUUUGGAGGAACAAAAUCACGAGAUCAGAAGAAGCAGGAUAUAUGCAAAGAGCAAG